AUGGUGCUCCUCGAGGUAGCUGCCGCAACCAACGCAUCUGCGUACUUGUUUGGUGCCAUCUACUACGGCGCGCGUUUCGUGGGCCAGAUCUUGAAGGGCCCGGAGACGGAAAGCUCGGCGGAGCCGCGUGGCGUCGAGUCCACGGCAUGGAGUGCCGACCGCAUCCUCGAACAAGCCCGUGCUGACGGCCUGGAAGACCACUUCAGGAACUCCUUCACAGAAGUCCACGCGGCCGAGAAAGAGAAACGCCUGGCGCAAUUCCGCGAGGAAGAGCUUCCGGACGACCGUGAUGGACAGGAUCUUGCGAGAUGGCUCGCCGAAGAGGACCCUGCAUCCUGUGAUGAGUUCGACUUCAACAUGGUCGCCUUCACGGACAUCCUGGACCAGGACUGCAUGGCUGACUCCACGUCCACGACGGCCAGCAGCCAGCAGUCCACGGGCCGCAUGCGGCGCACGCCGGAAGAGCUAGAGGCCAUGCAGCUGCAAGAUGCAGCACGCUGGACAGAGGCUCGCUCGGCACCGACGCGGCUGCCAAAUCCGGAGGAGGAGAGGCGGGAGAGGAUGCGCAAAGCCGCCCUCCAUCCGGACGCCGCGAGAAAACAGCAGGUGCCAAAAGGCCUGCGCGAGGAGGCUGGCGAAGCCCCUGCGCGCCUAUAG